CACUAAUAAUAGUAACUGAUAUUCACAGAGUUCAUCACUCAUCGGCUCAUCCAAUUGACUCGAUCAGACCAUGUUAUACAAUACAACAUGAACUUUCAAUGUAGCCUGCAUGUACCUCCACACACAAAACUACAAUGAAGAGGGUUUGGAAGAUUUCAUCAGAAUCAGCCCAAUCAAAGCUAUCACUUCUUAAACACAAAACCCUCUUUUCUAAAACCCCAUUUUUAAUUACUAACAAUUAUUUCAUUAAACUCCGAUUUAACUGGCUCUUUUUGGCACAUUCUAAUUGUUCUCAAAGCGCUGUUCACUCUAAUGCAUUCCCAAACAUUGUUGGGUUGUUUGACAAUAGGUGGUCUAAUGCUGAAAUUCAAUCUAAGCAAGAUCUUGUGCAGAAGGUCUCUGUGUUACGAGACGAGUUGAUUUGGGUUAGUGGGUAUGGUCAAAAUGAGAUCUUUAGGGUGUUGGAUGAAAAGGGUAGGUGGUUUUUUAAGGGCUGUGCUAAUGGGAAUGCAUUUGUUGAGCUUUUGAGGCAGUUGGAGUCUUGGCCUCGUUGCGCGCUUGAAGUUUGUAAUUGGAGAAGGAAACUAGCAGAUGAUGACUUCCCGUUACCAAUGACAUCAGAAGAGUAUGCUAAAGCUAUCAGGAUUGCUGGUAGAUCAAGGAACGUUGCUCUUGCGGUUGAGCUUUUUACCGAGGCAGCAAACAAAAGAAUCAAGACAGCUACAACCUACAAUGCGCUUAUGGGUGCUUAUAUGCAUAACGAGUAUACAUAUAUGUGUCAGUUGCUUUUUCGGGAUUUUAAGAUGGACAAGUCUUGUAGGCCAACAGUUGUAACUUACAAUAUUCUUCUCUCUGUGUUUGGCCGGUUGAGGUUUAUUGAUCAGAUGGAAGCUAUGUUGCAGGAGAUGAAGAAUUUAAACAUUUUUCCCAAUCGGACUACUUACAAUGCGCUUAUUAGCGGGUAUUUUACAGCAUCGAUGUGGGAUAGCAUGGAGAAGACUUAUGCUGUAAUGGAGGCAAGAGGCAUAAAGCCUGAUGUAAACACCCACAUGAUGAUGCUUCGAGGAUAUGCAUAUUCUGGUGAAUUGAAAAAGAUGGAAGAGAUAUAUGAGCUAAUUAGUUACCAUCUUCUUGAGCACAAGGAAUUUUCACUGAUAAGGGCAAUGAUAUAUGCUUACUGUGAGAGCACUAGCAGCAAUAGAGUAAAUAGGAUUGAGGAAUUACUUGGGCUAAUUCCGAAGAAUGAUUAUAAGCCUUGGUUGAAUGCGAUUUUAAUUAAGUUAUAUGCCCAAGAGAAUAUUUUGGAUGCGAUGGAAAGCUAUAUAGAGGAGGCCUUUGAGCGUUGCACCUCCAUCACAACAGUAAAUGUAAUGCGUUGUAUAGUUUCUAGCUAUUACCGAGCCAAUGCCGUGGAUAAGCUUGCAAACUUUGUUAAGCGUGCAGAACGUGCUGGGUGGAAAAUCCGCCGCUCCUGGUAUCACUGUAAAAUGAUCCUGUAUUCAUCACAAAAUCGUCUUGCUGAAAUGGAGGGUGUUCUUUAUGAGAUGAAAAACUUAUGUAUACAGACCACCCCAGGAACUUUUCUUAUAUUGCACAGAGCCUACUUAGAACAUGGACAAAAGCAUAAACUUGACCAGGUUUUGGGAGUUAUGUGUACGCAUGGAUAUGGAAUUCCAAGCAAUACAGUGGAAUCAUAAUGCUUUUUCAAUAUAUGCACCCUGAGGGCAUAGCCAAUAACUGCAUGUGUUUAUUCCUUGGACACCUUCAUGAAGUCGUGAACCAUGUAAAUUGUUGGAUGUCAAGGACACAAUAAGAUCUGCUGCGAGUGUGUAUUGCACAUCACAUCAGUACACACUCUGCAACAAUAUGACAACCCUUUAGUGAGAUGUUUAUAUACACCUUAUUUACAGUAAACAUAAAAUUCAGAGAUGUUGCAUUUGCAUGCUCUGUAAACAAUAAGCCUUGAAGGACCAUUAAUUGUUGGUAGAUCAUUGUUGGUUCUAGAGAAGUUCUCUGGAGAAUUAUUUUCCUUGAGUAGGUUGUCAACGAAGUCACUGCUGAUAAUAGAGAAUGCCUAAUAUUUGGUUCAGGAUAAGGAACUAUCAGCGCCAUAGUGCUCAAAGGAGGCAGGUGCGGAUACAAUAAUCUGUUUGGACUAUGGGCAGGUAUAAAUUCAGGGCACAUGUAUAAUCUGUUUGGUACUAUCCUAUGAAGUGAUCUUGCUGUUUGUCUAUCUCUCGACUAAUUGCUGUUCAUGUAGGAUGCAGUUUGAAAUGUUGUUUAAAACCUGUUAUAAUUUUGUUAAUAUUCAUAACUAGGAUACAAAUAGUUUCCAAUGCUUGAAAUGAUUUAUUAAAUUGCAUCUCAGCUCCAUGAAUCAGAUAAUAUAAAUAGUUUCAUCUUUUUGUAUUUGGCGGUCUGGGAUCUUUAUCCUUGUCGCUGAAUGAAUUUUUUGCCCUCUGGUUAAGGAACUUUGUAGCUUGACCUUGUGUUUGGACUAUUAUGAAUCUUAUUCCAUCUGUUUUCUUGAUGACAGGUUCCUUGGUCUGUACAGUAUAAUUAGAAUUCCAAGUGAAAUUUUUACAAUGUUAUUAGCACAAAAUUGGAUUACAAAUAAAUCUCAGAUACAUAGAUUACUUGUUCUAAUUAGUUGUUUAUAUUCAAUAUCGUCUCUAUUUUAUUAAUUAUAUAGGAGCCACUGGAUGAACUAACUCGAAAAUUCAGAAAUAUAUAAACACGCGUGCACACUGCACAUCUAAGGACAAGCUUCAAAUCCUCGACCAGAUGAGCCAAGAGAUCAUCGGUAGAUAAGAUCCGAACAAUGUACAUUUUUUCUGCAGGACGAUAUCAUCAGAACAAGAGACCGUUACCAGAAGUAUUUACAUUUGAGACGCUUGGGACAAGUAUGGCAAAUAAAUAAUCAGACCAUGUGAGGACAGGGGUAUAAAGAAAUUGUGAAAGUAAUGUGAAAUUACCCUUUCUAGUUAUACGACAAUAAUGAAGUGAGAUUCCUUGUACACAAACAAUUCCAUCUCUUCGGUUCUUGCAGCACUAGUAGUGUGUUGGGUGCUGUACUGCUGUAUCUAACAUCAUCAACAUCAUUUCAUGUACAUGAUUUUUCACACUUGUCAAGAAAUGAUAAAAAGACAAAUGACAAUCCAUCAGUCACUUCAGUUGUACCAAACUCUAACAUCUUGAAAUAACACAG